AUUUUUAAUUACGUACCGUUAUCGACGGCUCGGGAAUAUUAUCUCGCUGAUUAUCCCUCUAGCUCUCUCUGUCUACCAGUUCCUGUUCGUUCUCGCGUCACCCCGGAUAAUCGAGAGACGCCAUUUUUAAUUUGAACUACUACACCGACAAGCAUGCCGUGAGCUCUUUCAAGUUCUUCUGUCCGAUCAAAGAAACAGAGAAUACCACCCGGACAGUACCCGGAGUGAUCGAUCCAUAGAAAAUCGCCCAUCAUGUGCUACUGAAGCGAACCGGCGUAGCUUGUUCCGAAUUUCCAAGUGCUUCCCCGUAACAUUCGCAUAUAACAAGCAGCCCAACAAUAAAUACAGCAUCAAGAUGCUUGAGUUUGUCAGGCCGUUGCAGAGCAUUCUGCAGAUCAAGCAGGUCAACUCGACCGAUCUCGUAUGGCGGCUUCAUUGUCGUGUGACGGUGUUUCUGCUACUGCUAGCGUCACUGUUGCUAUCCGCCCGCCAAUACUUUGGCAAUCCGAUCGACUGCGUGAUCGGAUCCGGCACAGUGUCCUCUUCGACGAUGAACGAAUUCUGCUGGAUCAUGGGCACCUACAUUAGCAGCGAUCCGAACUUCGUGUUGGAUAGCACCGAUUUGGUGAAGAUCAAUGCCAAGAUUGGACACAUCCCGGAGAGUGAGCGAUCCUACCAGAAAUACUACCAGUGGGUCGUGUUCAUACUGGCGCUGCAGGCGUGCAUGUUCUCGGUGCCCAACUUCCUGUGGAAGGCCUGGGAGGCCGGUCGUCUGCAAUCACUGUGUGAUGGUUUGACUACACCCAUCCUUCCGGAUCACUGGGAGAAAACACGCAAGAAGCAGCUGAUCUCCUACUUGUCGGCCGAUUUCCCCCGCCUGCACCGCACGUACCUGCUGCGUUAUUGCUUCUGCACGCUGCUCAACUUCUGCAACGUGCUGCUGAACAUCUUUCUCGUGAACGUGAUCUUUUCCGGCUUCUGGUCGAACUACCAUCCCGCCGUCAAGGCACUGCUGUCGUUCGAUUUUCCCUCCUGGAACCGGUACAACUCGCAGGUGUUUCCGAAAAUUGCCAAGUGUGAUUUCCACUUCGUCGGGCCGAGCGGUUCGAAGCAAAACCGGGACGGACUGUGCCUGCUGCCGUUGAACGUGGUCAACGAGAAGAUCUUUGCCUUCAUCUGGCUGUGGUUCCUGGGGCUGCUGGUGAUAUCGAUGCUGAAUCUACUCUUCUGGAUAGUGGUGCUGUGCAGCAAAAGCUUUCGCCUUUGGCUGCUUACCGCUCCACUGUACCCGAUUCGUACGUCGUACGUCGUACGUGCGCUGGACGGUCAGGGCGUCGGACAGUGGUUCUUGCUUUAUCAGCUGUGUCGCAAUCUGAACCCGAUUGUCGGUCGAGAGCUGGUCCAGAGUGUGUCGAAGGCGAAGGGACACAAUGGUCACAAAACGUUCCGAAUGCCGAAGGGCGGUGAACCUGACUUUUACACCGAUCCGGAAGGAUACGAUGAGGAAGGCGUAUGAGAGGACGGCGAGAAGUUAUGAUAUGUCCGCAUUUUGCGCAAACCAGGCGCUUGGACAAUUUGCGCGUAAGCACAUUCGAAAUGUGAAAAGCUGAAAGCAGUGGUUUCGCCAGUCCGAGUUCAGCGAAACGGAUUCCUUCCAAGUGUUUGCAUUCCUGGCGGAGUGUUCCUCCCAAAAUGCACUCACCCCGCGUGCAGUGCCAAAUCGUGAGUUUCCUAAUUUUUUCAUAUUGUUUAUUACCUACCAACUUAAGUUGUUGUUAUAUAUUGCGUUUUACGUACGACAAAUAAGUUCGUAUUCAGAAAUAUUUGCGAUAAGAGAGAACUCAUUUGCGAUGAAUCUCAUUGUAUUUAGCCUUGUAAGUGCCUUGAUAAAUAAGCGGAACAGCAGGAAUAUGACACUCCUUGGGAAAUACAUGUAAGCGUCUGUGAAUUAGAUAUAUAUAUACGCAACCAAACGGUCCAUGGUUGAUUUAAGCACUGCCUGUUGUCGAACAUUGCUAUGAGCAAAAUAAAGAAGCAUUCAUUAAUCUAACA